CUUCUCUCUUUACCCAAACGUGAGGCUCCGCCUCAACCACCGUCGUAACCAUCUCUCAGGCGGCGUUCUCUCAACUCUCUAUUAUCUGUACAGAUAUGAUAUCAGCUUAGAUUAUACUUUUCUGGGUUUUGGGUUUAAUCUGUUCAUAGUAUUUCUUUUCUUUGCUCUGUUUUUUUAAAAUCAUAAUAUAAUGGGUUCUACAAAGAAAGAUGUGGAUCGGAUCAAAGGUCCGUGGAGUCCAGAAGAAGAUGAGGCUUUGCAACGGCUGGUUCAAACUUACGGACCUAGAAACUGGUCUUUGAUAAGCAAAUCAAUCCCGGGUCGAUCUGGUAAGUCGUGUAGGCUUCGAUGGUGCAACCAACUUUCUCCGGAGGUUCAACACCGUCCUUUCACUCCCGAAGAAGAUGAGAUGAUUAUGCAAGCCCAUGCCCGAUUCGGCAACAAAUGGGCUACCAUCGCCAGACUACUCAAUGGCCGUACCGACAACGCUAUUAAGAAUCACUGGAACUCAACGCUAAAGAGAAAAUGCUCAUCCAUGGCUGAUGAUUUAAACGAUGAUUCCCCACAGCCGCUUAAAAGAUCGGCCAGUCUGGGAAAUGGUAAUAACACAUCGGGCCUUUACUUGAAUCCCGGUAGUCCUUCUGGAUCCGACUUGAGUGACUCGAGUUUACCCGUUCCCACACCGAUUUUCGCCUCGAUAUCAAGGGCCGGUUCUUUAGUUCAGUCUAGUCAGCAUGUGGAAACGGCCUCGUCGACAACGGAUCCACCGACCUUACUCAGCCUCUCGCUUCCGGGUUCCGAAAACAAGGACGGAGGGCCCUUGUCCCCACCUGGAUUCAACCCGGUUUCAAGCCCGACCCAGGUUGCAGGACCAGCUGUGAAAAAUGGCGAGAUGAAUGGGAUGGAGAAACAGUUUCUUAGCGCUGAUCUCUUGGCGGUGAUGCAGGAGAUGAUAAGAAAAGAAGUGAGAAGCUAUAUGGCUGUGAUUGGAAAAAACGAGCUUUGUUUGCAAACCGAGGCUAUUAGAAAUGCUGUUGUUAAGCGUAUUGGAAUUAGCAAAAUCGAGUAGGCAACAUGAAUCAGGCUUAAGAGGACCAAAAAGAAAGUUGCUUCGUUUUUUUUCCUUGGGUUUUUUCUUGUAAAUUUGGUGUCAGUUAUUAUGGUUAUAGAAAUAAUAAUUUUGGUAGUGUACAGAGGGGAAAACAAUGGGACAGCCAUAUUAGAGGUUUCAGUUGGGUGA